AAUCUUCUAGAACAAUAGAUAAAGCAACAGCAGAACAAAAAACUAUCGAUAUAUUUAAACAACAAAUUGAAGAUUUGAUCAAAGAAAAUGAUGAAUUAAAAACAAAAAAUGAAAAAUUAACUGAAACUAAAGAACAAAUUAAAAAUUUAAUUUAA